CUCAUUCUGCACAGAACAUUUCAGAAGUCAGAGAGAGGAAUUCACUCAGAGAGAGGUGUCGCCUUCAUCGAGGACUUGGAAUCCCUUGGGCUUAAGAGGGAGUGGGGAAGCAUUCCCAGAAGCAUCAGCUCCUGGGCAGCUCCAGAAUGUUGACUUGGACCCUGACCAAAGAGUGCCCCCAACUGCUGAAUAGGCCAGGAGUCUCCUUUCUCUAACGCCUACAUCCUUCCCUCUGGGGUGAGCCCAGCCCCUCCCUGAGUCGCCCCAGGGAGAGAGAGGGGAAAAAAGGGAAGAGAAGAGAGGCAUUGACUACAGAGGAAGGAAAAGGAAGCAGAGCAGAGGAGGGAGGAGAGAGGCCACACAGGAGUGGGUGACAGAGGAGAGAGGAGAGGGCAGGUCUAGGGCAGGCCCAAGGCAGGAGGAUAUCUAGAGAGGGCAGGCCGAGCACCCCAAGGGGCGCUCCAAGAGCAGGCGGGGCGGGGAGCCGAGGGGGCGGGCCGGCCAUGUCCCACGGGACCUACUAUGAGUGUGAGCCCCGGGGCACCCAGCAGCCACUGGAGUUCUCAGGGGCCCAAGCUGGGCCUGGGGAACUGGGGGACAUGUGUGAGCACGAGGCCUCCAUCGACCUCUCCGCCUACAUCGAGUCUGGGGAGGAACAGCUCCUUUCUGACCUCUUUGCUGUGAAGCCUUCCCCUGAGGCCAGAGGCCUAAAGGGCCCGGGAACCCCUGCCUUUCCCCACUACCUGCCUCCUGAUCCACGACCCUUCUCCUACCCACCUCAUACCUUCGGCCCAGAGAGGAAGGCGCUGGGGCCUGGCAUCUACAGCAGCCCGGGAAGCUACGACCCCAGGGCUGUGGCAGUGAAGGAGGAGCCUCGGGGGCCAGAAGGCAGCCGAGGUGCCAGCAGAGGUGGCUAUAAUCCCCUGCAGUACCAAGUGGCCCACUGUGGGCAGACAGCCAUGCACCUGCCCCCAGCCCUGGCAGCACCCGGCCAGCCUCUGCGCGUUCUCAAGGCCCCUUUGGCCACAGCCACAGCCCCCUGCAGUCCCCUUCUCAAGGCGCCCUCACCAGCUGGCCCCUUGCAUAAGGGCAAGAAGGCAGUUAACAAAGACAGCCUGGAGUAUCGGCUGCGGCGAGAGCGCAAUAACAUCGCCGUGCGCAAGAGCCGGGACAAGGCCAAGAGGCGCAUCCUGGAGACGCAGCAGAAGGUGCUGGAGUACAUGGCAGAGAACGAGCGCCUCCGCAGCCGCGUGGAGCAGCUUACCCAGGAGCUGGACACCCUUCGCAACCUCUUCCGCCAGAUACCUGAGGCAGCCAACCUCAUCAAGGGCGUUGGGGGCUGCAGCUGAACUUGGCUGGCGGACUGUAGGCCCCAGGGUCUCUGGGCCAACCUGACCCUGGGAACCCCCACCCAGAGCCCUUUACAGGCUGAGCCUGAGACAUGGACAUGAGACCAUGAGACCAUGGACAAAUGGCAGCAGAGUGCAAAGGGAGGGCAGGACCCAGAGUAAUAAUUCUGUGGCUGAAUAAAAUUGCACUGUGACU